GUGGUGCUACCUGUGCGACCUGCCCAAGAUGCCGUGGGCCAUGGUGUGGGACUUCAGCGAGGCCGUGUGCCGCGGGUGCGUGAAUUUCGAGGGCGCCGAUCGCAUCGAGCUGCUCAUCGACGCCGCUCGCCAGCUCAAGCGCAGCCACGUGCUCCCCGAGGGCCGAUCGCCCGGGCCCCCGGCCCUCAAGCACCCGACGGGCAAGGACCUGGCGGCGAGCGGCGCGCCAGGGCCCCAGCUGCCUCCCCCGCAGGCCCAGGCCCAGCCCUCGGGGACCAGCGGGGGCGUCUCGGGCCCGGACCGCUAUGACAGGGCCACCUCGUCGGGCCGCCUCCCGCUGCCCUCCCCGGCCCUGGAGUACACCCUGGGGUCCCGCCUGGCCAAUGGGCUGGGCCGCGAGGAGGCCGUGGCCGAAGGGGCGCGCAGGGCCUUGCUGGGCUCCAUGCCCAGCCUGAUGCCCCCCGGCUUGCUGGCAGCUGCGGUGUCGGGCCUGGGAGGCCGGGCCCUGACGCUGGCACCCGGCUUGAGCCCUGCUCGGCCACUCUUUGGCUCCGAUUUCGAGAAGGAGAAGCAGCAGAGGAAUGCGGACUGUCUGGCGGAACUGAACGAGGCCAUGCGGGGCCGGGCGGAGGAGUGGCACGGGCGCCCCAAGGCCGUGCGGGAGCAGCUGCUGGCGCUGUCCGCCUGCGCCCCCUUCAACGUCCGCUUCAAGAAGGAUCACGGGCUGGUGGGGCGCGUGUUCGCCUUCGAUGCCGCCGCCCGCCCUCCGGGCUACGAGUUCGAGCUGAAGCUCUUCACCGAGUAUCCCUGUGGCUCGGGCAACGUGUACGCGGGGGUCCUGGCCGUGGCUCGCCAGAUGUUUCACGACGCUUUGCGGGAACCCGGCAAGGCCCUGGCCUCCUCCGGCUUCAAGUACCUCGAAUACGAACGCCGCCACGGCUCGGGCGAAUGGCGCCAGUUGGGCGAGCUGCUCACCGACGGGGUCCGCAGCUUCCGCGAGCCCGCGCCCGCCGAGGCCCUGCCCCAGCAGUACCCAGAGCCCACCCAGGCUGCUCUGUGCGGACCCCCACCCCGAGCCCCAUCCCGGAACCUGGCGCCCACCCCGCGCCGGCGCAAGGCCUCCCCUGAACCCGAGGGCGAGGGCGCCGGCAAGAUGACCUCCGAGGAGCAGCAGCAACGGCACUGGGUGGCCCCCGGCGGCCCCUACUCGGCCGAGACCCCCGGGGUGCCCUCCCCCAUCGCCGCCCUGAAGAAUGUCGCCGAGGCCCUGGGCCACUCACCCAAGGACCCCGGUGGGGGCGGAGGCCCCGGGCGCGCCGGAGGUGCCACUCCCCCCGGAGCCCCCCUGUGCUGCACCCUGUGCCGCGAGCGCCUGGAAGACACCCACUUCGUCCAGUGCCCCUCGGUGCCCGGACACAAGUUCUGCUUCCCGUGCUCGCGAGAGUUCAUCAAGGCGCAGGGCCCCGCCGGAGAGGUGUACUGCCCCAGCGGCGACAAGUGCCCCCUGGUGGGCUCCUCGGUGCCCUGGGCCUUCAUGCAGGGCGAGAUCGCCACCAUCCUGGCGGGAGACAUCAAGGUCAAGAAAGAACGGGACCCCUAGGGCCCCGCCCCCCGCCCCCCCCCGUGGUGUCCCCCCCAACCCCGCCACAGCUGCGGAUAAAUUAUUCCCCACACCCAGUGCCACCCCCCCCCGUGUACAUACCCCCCCUUCCUCCACCCACACUGGUCCCCCCCCGAAGUAGAUGCAUUGUGGGGUGGGAUGGGGGGGGAAGAAAGCUUGGGGUUCCCCGGGCCCCUCCAGUGCAGUGUCCCCUCUCCCCUCCUUGGCUUGGCUUUUCUUUGCUGCUGCUUGUAGUUGGGGGAAGAAGGCGCCCCGCUCCCCCUCGAGAAGGGGGCCUCCCGAAAACGCGCUCUUUAUAAACGAAGCAAAAGCGUUCCACCGCCCUCUCCCCUCUCUCCUGCCUCCUCUUCCUUCAAUAAACGGAAAGAU